AUGCUUGACCAUUGUUCGAUUUUUCACAAAGGAGGCAUCGUACUCUGGUCUCGGUCUUUCACACCUGCUGCUGCAAGCAUUAGUACCUCUGCAUCAUCGCCCAUUAACAGUCUUGUUCGCGAAGCACUCAUUGAGGGUCGUACGACCGACGAUAGCUAUGAGAAGGACGGUUACGCCAUUAAGUGGUCAUUCGUUAAUGACUUGGAGCUCAUUUUCGUGGUUACAUAUCAAAGAAUUCUCCAAUUGACCUAUGCCGAGGACCUUCUGGCGGCGCUAAAGACCGUCUUCCUGAGUCUUUACGAGCCAUUCCUUGUGACCUUUGUCGCUUCAUUGCACGGAUCAAUCUCUUUAGUGGCCCGGGAUAUCACGCUAUCUAAAGGCAUUACCAUCGAUCCUGCCACCUCCACCUGGAACUUUUCGAAAAUCUUCGCAGGGUGGGAUAAAACGUUUGACAAGGUGCUCAAGCGUAUCGAGGAUAAAGUUGCCCAGGACCGUAAAUCCAGGCUGAGGAGCGUUCCAAAGGCUACAUUGACACAGCCAAGCCCCCCAUCUUCCCCAGAUGAUGCUGCUACCACACCGUCAAAGGAGACAGAGCCCCGCCAUGAUGCGGAGGAUAUAUCGAAGAAUGUUGAAGUGUUGAAGAGUCGUUUGAAGGGCUCGAACGCACCAGUACGUGGUGGUCGUCGACGAGGCGCCAAGGGCAAUAAAGCUGUCACCACAAACAAAGACAGCCCGAAUACCACCGACUCCCAAGAAGAAAGUCCCCAAAAAGCGGCACGAACUUGGGAUGAUACCUUUGGUCCUAUUGAAUCAACAAGUGGGGAUCUUAACCUCGACUAUAGCUCCGAUAAGCCUGGUGAUAUUGCUAAGGCUGCUCCGGCGGACCUCUCCGCUCUUGUGGACGAGAGUUCUCGUGGGACAAUAGGACAAGAUGGUUUCUAUGAGGUGAAGGAUCUUGAUUUUGGAGGGAAUGUUGGUGGAGGGAUUGAAGACGAUGAAGACGAAGAGGACGACCUGAUUACUCGUGCUCUCAGCGGAACAUCCUUCGGUCGAGAACAACUGAAUCGUGACUCUAGCACUGGUGAGACAUCGGCUGCGACCAUAACCUCUCGAUUUAGCGCUUUGUUCUCGAGGAUUACGGGGGGCUCGAAAGUGUUGACGAAGGAAGACCUUGACCCUGUACUAGCAGGGAUGAAGGACCAUUUGAUGCAGAAAAAUGUGGCACAGGAAAUAGCGACCAAAAUUUGUGAAGGGAUUGGGGAGAGUCUUGUGGGUACGCGAGUGAGUGGAUUCCGCGGCGUCAAGGCCGAAGUUCGAAAGGCGCUCUCGGAUGCCAUCACCCGAAUCCUAACGCCAAAAACCUCAACAGAUCUUCUCCUCGCCAUCCGCACCAAACUUGGCACAUCCUCUACAUCCUCCGCCGCCAUGCAGCGCACACCGUACAUAAUGGCCUUCGUGGGUGUCAAUGGCGUCGGGAAAUCAACCAAUCUCUCCAAAGUUUGCUUCUGGUUAUUACAGAAUCAGUUAAAAGUAUUGAUCGCUGCAUGCGAUACAUUUAGAAGUGGGGCGGUUGAACAGCUCAGAGUCCAUGUGAGGAAUUUGGGGCUACUUGUUAGGGAUGAGGAUAGGGAGAAGGGAACAAUUGAACUUUAUGAGAAAGGGUAUGGAAAGGAUGCGGCGGGGAUUGCGAAGGAAGCUAUUACAUAUGCUACGGGACGAGGGUUUGAUGUGGUGCUCAUCGAUACAGCCGGGCGUAUGCAGGAUAACGAGCCCCUGAUGAAGGCUUUAGCAAAGCUCGUCUCAACCAAUAAUCCGGACAAAGUUAUUUUUGUUGGCGAAGCCCUCGUAGGCAACGAAGCAGUCGAUCAGCUCCAGAAAUUUGAUAGCGCUUUGAAGAACUACUCUGCAGCUUCGUCGGGGGCAGGAAAAGGUCAUGGAAUUGAUGGAAUGCUUGUUACGAAGUGGGAUACGGUCGAUGACAAAGUUGGUGCUGCAUUAUCGAUGACAUACGUGACGGGACAGCCUAUUUUGUUUGUUGGCUGUGGUCAGACUUACACGGAUUUACGCCAACUUCGCGUUUCCCACAUCGUUCUGGCUCUGAUGAGUGAUUGA